UGUCAGGGAGCAGGAGCCCGGGAGCAGUGCAGGCUCCGGACGGCCGCGCACCGACCGUGGCUUGUCGCUCUGGCUCGCAGCCCCGCGACCAUCGCGACACCCGCCGCCGCGUCGCGGGCCAUGAACCUGCCUAGGGGCCUCCUGGUGGCCUGGACACUCAGCCUCUGGCCAGGAUUCACAGACACCUUCAACAUGGAUACCAGGAAUCCCCGGGUUAUUGCCGGUCCCAGUGCUGCCUUCUUUGGCUACACAGUCCAGCAGCAUGACAUCAGUGGCAAGAAGUGGUUGGUUGUGGGUGCCCCACUGGAAACCAAUGGCCAUCAGAAGACAGGAGACGUGUACAAGUGUCCGGUAACCCAGGGCAACUGCACCAAGCUCAACCUGGGCAGGGUCACUCUGUCCAAUGUGUCUGAGCGGAAGGACAACAUGCGCCUCGGCCUGAGCCUUGCCACCAACCCCAAGGACAACAGCUUCCUGGCCUGCAGCCCUCUCUGGUCCCAUGAGUGUGGAAGCUCCUACUACACCACCGGCAUGUGCUCCCGAGUCAACUCCAACUUCCGGUUCUCCAAGACAGUGGCUCCAGCACUACAGAGGUGCCAGACCUACAUGGACAUCGUCAUUGUCCUGGAUGGCUCCAACAGCAUCUACCCCUGGGUGGAGGUCCAACAUUUCCUCAUCAAUAUCCUGAAAAAGUUCUACAUUGGCCCUGGCCAGAUCCAGGUCGGAAUAGUUCAGUACGGAGAAGAUGCAGUCCAUGAGUUCCACCUCAAUGACUACAGAUCUGUAAAAGACGUGGUGGAAGCCGCCAGCCACAUUGAGCAGAGAGGGGGGACAGAGACCCGCACAGCAUUUGGCAUUGAAUUUGCACGCUCAGAGGCUUUCCAGAAGGGCGGAAGGAAAGGAGCCAAGAAAGUGAUGAUUGUCAUCACGGAUGGGGAAUCCCAUGACAGCCCAGACCUCGAGAAGGUGAUUCGGCAAAGCGAGAAGGACAAUGUGACCAGAUACGCUGUGGCCGUCUUGGGCUACUACAACCGCAGGGGGAUCAAUCCAGAAACUUUUCUAAAUGAAAUCAAAUACAUCGCCAGUGACCCGGAUGACAAGCACUUCUUCAACGUCACAGAUGAGGCGGCCCUGAAGGACAUUGUCGAUGCCCUCGGGGACAGGAUCUUCAGCUUGGAAGGCACCAACAAGAACGAAACCUCUUUUGGGCUGGAGAUGUCACAGACGGGCUUUUCCUCACAUGUGGUAGAGGAUGGGAUCCUCCUGGGAGCCGUGGGAGCCUACGACUGGAAUGGGGCGGUACUGAAAGAGACAAGUGCAGGCAAGGUGAUCCCUCACCGAGAGUCCUACCUUAAGGAGUUCCCGGAGGAGCUGAAGAACCACGGCGCAUACCUAGGGUACACAGUGACAUCGGUCGUGUCCUCCAAGCAGGGGCGGGUGUAUGUGGCCGGAGCCCCCAGGUUCAACCAUACGGGCAAAGUCAUUCUGUUCACCAUGCAUAACAAUCGCAGCCUCACCAUCCACCAGGCUCUUCGGGGCGAGCAGAUAGGCUCCUACUUUGGGAGUGAGAUCACCUCAGUGGACAUCGAUGACGACAGAGUGACCGAUGUUCUGCUGGUGGGAGCCCCCAUGUACUUCAGCGAGGGCCGAGAGCGAGGCAAGGUGUAUGUCUACAACCUGAGACAGAACCGGUUUGUUUAUAACGGCACUCUGAAGGAUUCCCACAGCUACCAGAACGCCCGGUUUGGGUCAUGCAUCGCCUCUGUUCAAGACCUCAACCAAGAUUCCUACAAUGAUGUGGUGGUGGGUGCCCCUCUAGAGGACAGCCACAGAGGGGCCAUCUACAUCUUCCAUGGCUUCCAAAGCAGCAUCCUGAAGAAGCCCAUACAGAGAAUCGCAGCCUCAGAGCUGGCUCCCGGGCUGCAGCAUUUCGGCUGCAGCAUCCACGGACAACUGGACCUCAAUGAGGAUGGGCUUGUGGACCUAGCAGUGGGCGCCCUGGGCAAUGCUGUGGUUUUGUGGGCCCGCCCGGUGGUUCAGAUCAACGCCAGCCUCCACUUCGAGCCGUCCAAGAUCAACAUCUUCCACAAGGACUGCAAGCGCAAUGGCAGGGAUGCCACCUGUCUGGCUGCUUUCCUCUGCUUCGUGCCCAUCUUCCUGGCACCCCACUUCCAAACAGCGACCGUCGGCAUCAGGUACAAUGCCACCAUGGACGAGAGGCGGUACAUGCCACGGGCACAUCUGGACGAGGGUGGAGACCAGUUCACCAACAGGGCUGUCUUACUCUCCUCUGGCCAGGAACACUGCCAAAGGAUCAACUUCCACGUCCUGGACACGGCCGACUACGUGAAGCCAGUGGCCUUCUCUGUGGAGUACUCCCUAGAGGACCCCGACCGCGGCCCCAUGCUAGAUCAUGGCUGGCCCACCACGCUCAGAGUGUCGGUGCCCUUCUGGAACGGCUGUAAUGAGGAUGAGCACUGUGUCCCCGACCUUGUCCUGGAUGCUCGGAGUGACCUGCCCACCGCCAUGGAGUACUGCCAGCGAGUGCUGAGGAAGAGUGCACAGGACUGCUCCACCUACACGCUGUCCUUCGACACCACCGUCUUCAUCAUAGAGAGCACGCGUCGCCGGGUGGCAGUGGAGGCCACUCUGGAGAACAGAGGGGAGAAUGCCUACAGCACUGUCCUCAACAUCUCACAGUCAGAAAACCUGCAGUUUGCCAGCCUGAUCCAGAAGGAUGAGUCAGACAACAGCAUCGAGUGUGUGAACGAGGAGAGGCGGCCGCACAAGAAAGUCUGCAACGUCAGCUACCCGUUCUUCAGGGCCAAGGCCAAGGUGGCUUUCCGUCUGGACUUCGAGUUCAGCAAGUCCGUGUUCCUGCACCAUCUUCAGAUCCGGCUGGGUGCCGGCAGUGACAGUCAUGAACAGGACAGCACCAGUGAUGACAACAUGGCCCUCCUUCACUUCCACCUCAAAUAUGAAGCAGACGUCCUCUUUACCAGGAGCAGCAGCUUGAGCCACUAUGAGGUCAAGGCCAACAGCUCCCUGGAGAGAUAUGAUGGCAUUGGGCCUUCCUUCACCUGUGUUUUCAAGGUGCAGAACCUGGGCUUUUUCCCCAUCCAUGGGGUGAUGAUGAAGAUCACUGUGCCCAUCGCCACCAGGGGUGGCAACCGCCUGCUGAUGCUGAGGGAAUUCUUCACCGACCAGGUCAACACGUCCUGUAACAUCUGGGGGAACAGCACGGAGUACCGGAGUGCCCCAAUGGAGGAAGACCUGAGCCGUGCCCCACAGAGGAACCACAGCAAUUCCGAUGUGGUCUCUAUCAUCUGCAACGUGCGGCUGGCCCCCAACCAGGAAAUCAGCUUCUACCUGAUGGGGAACCUGUGGCUGAGGUCUCUGAAAACACUCAAGUACAGAUCUAUGAAGAUCACAGUCAACGCAGCCUUGCAGAGGCAGUUCCACAGCCCCUUCAUCUUCCGAGAGGAGGACCCCAGCCGCCAGGUCACGUUUGAGAUUUCCAAGCAAGAAGACUGGCAGGUCCCCAUCUGGAUCAUCGUGGGCAGUUCUCUGGGAGGCCUCUUGCUGCUGGCCCUGCUAGUCCUGGCACUGUGGAAGCUUGGAUUCUUUAAAAGUGCCAAGCGCAAGAGGGAGCCUGGACUGGGACCCGUCCCCAAAGAGCUGGAGUGAGCAUCUAUUGGAGGCUUCGAGUUGAUCGGGGCCAGGCACCAGUCCAGGAGCGUGCAGGCCCAGGCCUGUGGCCCCACAGAGCCGGAGCGAAGAGGACGCCUGUAGACUUUGUGUUGAACUCAUCUCUGGAGAGAUGACACCUGAUCCCUGUGGGAUGGACCUCAAGCCUGUGUCCGCAACUUCUCUCCUAGAGGUUGAGAUGCCUCAGUACUGAUCCCUAAGGACUUAAAGGGGCCACUCAAAGACCCAGGCUCUGUGGAGGGAAUCUGCUGCCCCAAACAUGAAGGUGCUAGGGCUCUGUUAUCAUGCCCACCUCUGAAGAAACCCAAGGGGAAGCGGGCAAAUACAAGCCCACUGUGCACGCUCCAUCUGGACCUCUAGUUUCAGGACUCCAUAGCCCGGCAGCAUAACCCCACCCCUGCACUUGGUUCCCAAGCCACAGCCAUCCCUUCUCCAGACAGACCCCAAAGUUCUCCAGACAGAACCAGAGUUGUGUAGCUUGAUGUGACAACUGCUGGCCAGUGGUGAAAGCAGCCGUCCGAGGACUGUGCUAGAUGGGCAGGUGAGAGCCAGGAUGCUGGGUACUCCAAACAUCAGAAGGCAGCGGAGCUCUCUUGCAGUGACCUCCACCCACACACUCCUGCCCGCCUGCCUCCUCUGAAGCUCCUCCCAGCUGCUUUGGUUGCUAGGCAACUCACAGGGAGCCUGUGGAUGAUAUAAAUCCAUGGCUCUCCAUACCCACUGUCUUACAGCUGCAGCUUGUCCUGGCACAGAUGCACUGAGGUGGGGAGCCUCUGUUCCUUACAUCAGCCCUACACACACACACACACACACACACACACACACACGCACGCACGCACGCACGCACGCACGCACGCACGCACGCACACACACACACAUGCACACAUACACACAGGUACAUGUGCACACACCUCCCACUCACUAAUGUGUGGGAGAAGGGCUCCUGUAGGGGCACUGUGGAGGGACCCUCUUUGGCAUGCACUGAACGAAGCCCAUGCAAGGCCCCUCAAAACCUUAAACCUCAGAGGCAGACAGGUAUCUCACCUGCCAGCUCGCAGGACAAGCCCCAAAGACAAGGGGCAUGUAUGUGGGUGCCCAGCAGAGUAAUUUAUGCCUUAGUCCUUUUGUUGAGAUGGAGAUGGACACAUCAAAGCCAUCUGCUCCCCUGUGCAGUCCAACCUUUACUGUCAGAAAUAUAUUUAAGAAAACAACCAACAGAUAUUCCAUUCUGUGACAGAGCAAGGCCGAAUUCCACUGUAAAGAGGAAAGGGAGGUGGGUGUCUGCUUCCAGCUAAGUGUCGGGGGCAGUCUUAUCUAUUGUGCGGCCAUCUCUCUCCCAAGGACUACCUGGCCUCACUUGGAGUGGUGCACUGUUCCCCCCAACAUCAUCACCUACCCAUCUUUGGUCCCCAGUUCCUCCAGGCUGGGCCUUCAGUGUUGACCCUCUCACGUGCUGACUCAUGUUUCUCUUUUAGGGAGAGACCACACUUAAACCAAAGCAUCUCCA